AUGAUCAGGGACUACGAGAGGAAAGGCAGUAUCCAUGGUUUCUCUAUAUCAAGGAUCACUCCGUCUAUCAGCCAUUUAUUUUUUGCCAAUGAUAGCUUUAUCUUCUUCAAAGCUACCAUGGAGGAGGCAAACAGUCUGCAUACUCUUCUUAGAGACUAUGAGAAGGCAUCGGGUCAAUGCAUAAACCUCUCCAAAUCCACCAUGGCGUUUAGCAGAAAUACCUCUAUCUACGUGAGAGAUCAGUUAAGCAACAUCUUGGGCAUACAACACUCCAGUAGCAAUGGGAACUAUCUGGGUCUCCCUAUGCUAAUUGGUCGUAACAGGACAUCGAUUCUCAAGUUCAUCAAACAUCGCAUAGUCAAUCGCCUUAUUAAAUCUAUUGAAUCUACCAUGAACUCCUAUUGGUGGAAAGGGGGUGGCAGCAACAGUAAAGGAAUAAUCUGGAAAAAAUGGAGCUUUCUUUGCAAGCGCAAGAAAUGGGGAGGACUCGGCUUCCGGGAUCUACAUGGUUUUAACCUUGCUCUCCUUAGCAAACAAGCAUGGAUACUAGCCAAUGAUCCUAACUCCUUGGCCUCUAGAGUUUUGAGAGCAAGAUACUAUCCAAAUUCCUCUUUUCUUGAUGCCAAACUAGGUGCCAAUCCGUCUUUUAUCUGGAGCAGUUUAAUGGCAACUCAGGAUAUCAUCCGUAAACACUCUAGAUGGAGAAUUGGGAAUGGCUCGCUUACUCGCAUUUGGGGUGACAACUGGUGUAACACCCCCAUUUCUUAA